UAUUGCUCUUUAUUGCCUUGCAUGUCAUUUAAAAAGAGCUACCAAGAAGAGUGCAUGUACAGAGAUCUUAAAAGCCUGAUUCAGGUGAACUGGAGAAAUUCUUUAUUUUAAAAGGUGGCAGUGGUGACAUUCAAAGAAAUUUCAUUUUGGCAACUUCAAGAUGGCAGCAAACUCAACCACAAAUACUUCGCACUGUUCUGUAAAUGCCACCAUUUGCAAAGGCACUUCCUGUGUGUUACCUGAUGACAAUUUUAACCAAAUUUUGAAUUUAAUUUUAAGUACUGUUCUAACAAUCUUGCUGGCAUUGGUGAUGUUCUCCAUGGGCUGCAAUGUGGACAUAAAAAAGUUUUGGGGACACAUAAAAAGGCCCUGGGGCAUAUGUGUGGGCUUUCUCUGUCAGUUUGGAAUUAUGCCUUUGACAGGCUUUGUGCUGGCACUCCUCUUUAAUGUGCUUCCUGCUCAAGCUGUUGCUGUGCUGAUCAUGGGAUGCUGUCCAGGUGGAACAUCUUCCAACAUUCUAGCCUAUUGGGUAGACGGUGACAUGGACCUAAGUAUCAGUAUGACAACAUGUUCAACAUUGCUUGCACUGGGGAUGAUGCCGCUUUGUCUCUUUGUGUAUACCAAAAUGUGGACAGAAACUGAAUCCAUCAUAAUUCCUUAUGACAGUAUAGGUAUUUCAUUGGUAGCCCUCGUAAUUCCUGUUUCAUUUGGAAUAUAUGUUAAUCACAGAUGGCCCAAGAAAGCUAAAUUUAUACUUAAGGCUGGUUCCAUUACUGGUCUAGCUCUUAUAGUGAUCAUAGCAGUGGUUGGAGGAAUAUUGUACAACGGAUCCUGGAUUAUCACCCCUCAACUGUGGAUCAUUGGAACCAUAUUUCCAGCUGCUGGCUACUCUCUAGGUUUUCUUCUGGCUCGCAUAGCUGGUCAGCCUUGGCACAGAUGUCGUACAGUAGCUCUGGAAACAGGUAUGCAGAACACUCAACUGUGUACGACUAUAGUGCAGCUCUCCUUCACCCCUGAGCAGCUGGCAUUGAUGUUCACUUUUCCACUCAUCUACAGUAUUUUCCAGCUAGUAUUUGCUGUAAUAUUUGUAGGAGUCUACUACAUGCACAAAAGAUACUGUGGCCCAACAAAGUCAGACUUCAUAGAACCAGCAGGUGAAACUGAAUUGAAGCCAGAAGCAUAUGGCCAGAUGAAUGGAGGAUUUACAUCAAAUGAAAACAAUACAAGAAACACAUAUGACACUAUCGUCUCCUGACAUCGUGCAAAAGAGUUUUGCAAUGACUGACUGGUGAAAGGUUUCUUUGUGGUUUUCUGUUUUAAUAUUUGAAUGAAGCUUGUCUCGCCGGGAUAAAAAUCUAGGUUUCACACUAAUUUGCUUUAAUAUGCAAUGGCCCAUAAUUGUUCAUUUGAGCAAGGGAGAACAGAGUAAACCUAGAGGAAAUCUGAGCAAGAUUUCAGACACAAGCUUCCCUCCCCCCAGUUUAUGCAAAAAAAAGAACAAUCCAAAGUGCAAAUAAUUACACGAUAUUUCACUUAGGUCAGCAUGAGCAGCCAAAACAUUGUAUUGAAAUAAUUACGUGCCAUUAUCAAGGUAUGCAGUUUGUUAUUUUUAACCUGACAGAUUUUCUAUUGAUCACAAAAGGCAGAUCAGAUCAGAGCCCUCAAAUUCCCAGUGCUCCUUCACUGAUGCAGGGCUUAAAAUGGGUUUAUUUGUCAUGGUCUUGGCAGAAGGUGACAGAAACCACACAAUUUUAAGCCAUUGCUUACAAGAAGAGACAGUAACAAAGGGAUUAAUUCAUACUAACACUGUUAUUUGAAUACAUAAAAAUGCCUUGAGCCCCAAAUUUUGGGCCUACAAUAAUUAAGAGUUAAAAUUCUCCCAUCUCAGUGUAGGUCAAAUAGAUAUGUUGAUGAAAUCCGGAACUGAAAGAUUUAUAUAAUCUAAACUAUGGAUAGUAAUUGUAAAUAAAAAUGCACCUAUUUAUUCCUGAAAAUUGGAGGCUACUGUUUGAAAAUCUGCCCCAAAUGUAUGGGUGAUCUGAGGUUGCUUACAAGCACAGUAAUUCUUUAAACCCCAAACAUAUUUAGUAGCCCUAAUUCUGCAUCCCUUACACAGGGAAAACUUACAUCAAAGCUAAUGAAAGGGUAGUUGAAUAAGAACCUCAACAAGGGGCUAAAUACACUGGUCUACAAUUUUUUAGAAGUCGUCUGCUUCAGAGAUAAAAUGUGCUAUUUAUUAUGUAUUCUGACGUGCUGAAUUCAAAUA